AUGAAGGUGUUACACUAUCAAAGUUGUGUUGAAGUUAGCUAACGUUAGCUUAAUGUGUAAAGAGUAGAAUAAAUACUGCUAAAUUGUCUUUAGUUGUUUGUAAAAUACGAUAAAGAUUAAUUUGUGUAAUUUUUCAAGAGUAAGUUUCGACAAUGGCGCUGAAACAUUUCCGGACGUUGACACCAAUUUUAGCGGCUAAUGUUACCUGUCGCAGUAAAACGUCUGGACUGUCCAUAAAGGCCAGUUUGUUGCCAGUGAAAUCCUACAGCACUGCAACGGGAGGUGAAGACAGAGGAACAGCUGCGGGACAGACUGUGGUCACCAAGCGCAGGGGGUCUGUGGUCACCGUGGCAAUAAACCGGCCUGAGGUGCGUAAUGCGGUGAACCAGGAGACGGCGAGGCGUCUGCUGGAAGAGCUGGAGGCCUUCGACAGUGACCCAGACUUAAACGUGGCUGUCCUGCAUGGGAAAGGAGGGAAUUUCUGUGCUGGUUAUGAUCUGAAAGAGCUGGCCAAUCACACAGCCUCCCUCAAAUUGGAGCAAGAUGUCACAAAGGGUCCCGGUCCGAUGGGUCCAUCCCGUUUGGAGCUGUCAAAGCCGCUGAUAGCAGCAGUCAGUGGCUUUGCUGUGGCUGGAGGGCUGGAGCUGGCUCUGCUGGCAGAUCUGCGAGUGGUGGAGGAGAGCGCCGUCAUGGGGGUGUUCUGUCGCAGGUUUGGAGUUCCGCUGAUUGACGGAGGAACAGUGCGGCUUCCACGUCUCAUCGGUCUGUCACGAGCCCUUGACCUGAUUCUGACUGGACGACCAAUUGGAGCACAGGAAGCUCUCGCCUACGGACUCGCUAACAGAGUUGUUCCUGAUGGCCAAGCUUUACAGGCAGCCCUGGAGUUAGCAGAGCAGAUCAGCUCCUUCCCUCAGCAGUGUAUGCGGGCCGACCGGUCCUCAGCCAUGUACAGCUGCUACGACGCUCCCUCCUUCACACAGGCCAUGCAGUAUGAGAUUGACAACGCAGUUCCCGUCAUCCAAUCAGAAGCUGUCGCUGGGGCAACCAGGUUCACUACUGGAACAGGAAGAGGAGGAGAAUUCUCCUAGGAUUUUGUUUGCAGGGGCCUUGUGAAUUGUGUUUUUCAGGUGAUCUAACACAUCUUGUUGCAUCCACGUUGGAGAUCCACGGCUUUCAGACCACAUAAUGUAAACAUUUUUAAAAAGAGAACUCAACCACAUAACAACACCGAACAAGCCCAGUCAAUUUCUGUUCUGUUUUAUGAGUGUUUGAUGCCUAGAUGAUGAAGCCAGUUCAUUACCCAGCCAGCUAUAUUAGCUUGUUACCCUAAGCAUCACUUCCUAUAUUUCAGAAGUAGGUUAUAGUGACUAGUAGAUGUGUGAAAUGCAAGAACAUAGCUGACUUUUUUUAAGUAAUGCAACUCUAAAGCCUGUAUUCAACAAUCAGAAAAGGCUGAGAAUGUUCAUUUCUUUCACCCUGCUAUAUUUUUAGGUUUAAUUAUUACUUUUUAGGUUUGUUUUUGGAGAAAUUAGAUCUAUUACACCAGAACAAUAAGACAAAAAGGUUAAGUGAGUCUAUGGUAUAUUCUGAAACCACAACUUGCAGUUGUUGUACAACUAUCAGUCGGCAAGCUCCACAUUUCAUGUCGCAGUGUCUUUUCAAGUGAAGGCUGUUUGGACCCUGAUGGUUGGGAGGGAAUGGAGCUCCAGAUCGAGCAUAGAGACAAAGCGCAUAAGUUCCACCCUCUCCGAAAAACAAUAAAUUGCUCUCUAAUGACUUUGUAUUGGUGAAGGUGCCUCCUUAUCAUUCAUCUGAUAGCAAACAACACAAAAAUGCCUAAAAGCUGCUUUGUGGUGGGACGCACUACCAACAGGGGAGAGAAUCCAUGAUUAAGUUUUAGAAACAGCAGAACUGAAAAACUGAGAUCCUGACACUCAGUAUUUCUACAUGCAGCUAGCAUUUUGCAAAAUUGGCCAGACAAAGUGAAGAGGUUAAAGCUAACUAAGCUGUGUAAUGACUGUUUUUAAUCUUUGUUGGGUUAAAUGAUGAUCAUACCUGAAGAUUUGAUCAAAUAGAUUUUAGUUAAAUAUCAAAGUAUGUCACUACUGGCCAUUCAGUGGGAACAUUUCUCCAAGAUAAGGAAGGUGAGGAGAAGGGACAAUAUUGAGUUGUCAAUGUAAAUUUUCCUCUCUAGUAGACAAAAGGUGCUAAAAUAGUCCUUUGACUGGCUGAGAUCCGUUUUUUCGCUAGCUACAGGCAUUUUGUGAGCAUUUCAGCCCUUGGUUGCACACUGUGGUACUGAUAGUUUUCCCCUCUGGUGGGCGUGUUUUUCAGAGGAUGAUGCUUUGCGCUCUGUCUCUAUAGACGAGGGCUUUAACUUUUAUUUUCUUGAUGCAAAACACACACGCAGCUAUCUUUUCUCCUUGCCAAAACUAGGCUUAACUCAUGUACCAGCCUGUUAUUCUGAUCUUUUUUAUUUGAAUUCUAGAUAUACAGAUUGUUUAAAGAAGUCUUGCACCUUUAUUUUUUUUCAAAGCAGAUCAUCAAGGAGAAUCACUGAGAAGUCUUUAUGUGCUGGGCAAUGCAGGGCUAUAGGAAGGCUGGAACCACAAAACUAAUCCAACACAAAAGACUAAAAGGCAUCAAAAGCAAGAAACCUGCAGCAGCUCGCCAUUGUUCCUUUGAAAAACACUUGAUUACUGGGAUAAGACGUGUGUUGGCGUACAUGCGCGUGUGACCUAGUAACCAUAGCAAUAUACUGUAAUUAUUGCAGAAGAUUCAGCAUUUUCUGUCAGAUCUGUGCCAGGUGUAAGCAUUCCUAUGGUUUUGGAGCACGCUUCCCCUUAAUUUUGUGUGUUGGAGAGACGUGUGUGUGUGUGUGUGUGUGUGUGUAUCGUACUUAAACACAAAACACACAAAAAUCUCUGUGUGUGCAAGUUUGUGUAAACUCUUUUGUGACCUUUUAAUGCUCUUUAAUAAAACUGUCUUGCAGGAAUACUGAAGAACUGAAACCAAGCUGUAUGGUGAUGUAUGUGUGUGUAAAAGGGAUAGAUAGAGACAGACAAAGACCUCAUUAGGUCUAGGAGGUGUCCUGUCUAGACAGUGUGAUGACAGGACACAGAACCUCUGUUUAAUGUUUCCUCCUCCUCCCUCUACUUCCAAUUCACCCAGCACACACACACAUCACCUGCUCUGCUGCCGGGGAUGCACACACAUGUGCACACACAGUUGCUUUAUGUCAAGCUAAAUGUUAAGGACAUAUAGAAGUAUUUGAGUGCUUUUUUCAGUCAUUGUCAGCCUACAGUGUGCAGCUUGUUCAUCACAGGAAUGUUGUGAUAGCACUGGAGAGCACCAAGGAAGAGGAAGCUGUGGAUGCUUUUGUGCUGACUUGUUUAUUGAGUAUGACACAUACCCAAAGUUAAUGCUCCAUGAAGUGUUUAAAACAUGGAUUCCAUGCUGUGUGUGACCAUGAGCUGACUCAAAUGAGGCGGUAUAAAUCCCCUAUUUCCUUUCAUAGUUUUAUCCGCAAAAUGACUAUUUCCCUGUCUCUGAGUUUAGUGCCAGAGCCAAAAAAGCAUCUUGAGGAAACUCAACCCUGUUGCUCAAACGCAGCUUAACCACUGAAUCUGUGUUAUAAAUCAGGGAUAAGCUCUCAUUUAGGUAAAUGGGAAUUUUUAGUCCAAGAAAAACUAAAAAAGCUGAUAAAUGACAUCCUGGUUCUCAGUCAACCCAGUAGGGCGUCUUCAGCCCUCGUUCUGUUAUUUUAGAGUUUGAGCUCUCGGUUGAAUCUUGAACGGGCAUGCGCAUAAUGCUGUCGCAAACAAUUCUCAAGUCUUUGCACAUUAUUUUUAAACUGCACUGACAGGAUUUCUGCUUGGUAUACAGGAAAAGCUUUUUAAAAUCUGAAUAUCUGCUGGUGUGGUAUGAACUACAAAAUGCUUGCCAGAAACAUUAAAGAAGAAUCUGCAUAAGUUGUAAUGAAUGGGCAACAA